AUGUCAAACAACGUACCCCCCGAAGUGCCAUUCAAUAACCGCACUCUACAGAACCCACUCAUCAAUGUUCGGGAUCGCCUCUUUCAUGCCCUCUUCUUCCGGUUGGCUGUGACAUACGCCAGACUUUUUCCUGGAUCUCUCAGGAGGGUGUUUGAGUUCUGUAUGCUUCUAAAGGCAAUUGUUGUCCUCUUCAUCCUUGCCUAUAUACACAUUGCGUUUUCACGGUCACCAAUCAACUGUCUGGAGGUGGUGAGGGAACGCUGGCCUCGGGACGGGAUUCUUCGAGUUGAGAUCCAGUGGAAUUCCACCAGAGCACCGGUCUUUCUUCAGUACUACGACUCAAGUUUCCAGGAAGAACUCAAUGCAGAAUAUCCUGGAGAAGGAGCAAGUGUGGCUGAGCUCAGUCUUGCAGCACUGCAGGAAGAGGAGGAAGAGGAGGAGAUGACAGUGGAGAUGUUUGACAAUAGCUCUGUGCACUUUCAGCUUGACCUUGAGCCUCGCCUAAAGUCCUCACUUGUUGGAGCUGUGGGGGCAGUAAAUAAGAGCCAGAAUGUCUCCUUCAGCCAGAUGGCUAAAGUGCGAUACGAAGAGUACAUCGUCGAGUAUUCUCUGGAGUAUGGUUUCUUGCGCUUGUCUCAAAACACCAGACAAAAGCUGAAUAUCCCCGUUAUGAUCGUCACUCUGGAUCCCAUGAAGGACGAAUGUUUUGGUGAUGGCUUUAGUCGCUUCUUGCUGGAUCAGUUUUUAGGCUAUGAUGAUAUCUUGAUGUCUAGUGUCAAGGCUCUUGCUGAGAAUGAGGAAAACAAGGGAUUCCUGAGAAAUGUUGUUUCUGGGGAGCACUACCGCUUUGUCAGCAUGUGGAUGGCAAGGACAUCGUAUCUCGCUGCAUUCGUCAUCAUGGUGAUCUUUACACUUUCAGUUUCGAUGCUGCUCAGAUAUUCGCACCAUCAGAUAUUUGUCUUCAUUGUGGACCUCCUUCAGAUGUUUGAGUUGAACCUGUCCAUUGCUUUUCCCGCUGCGCCCCUCCUUACAGUCAUUCUUGCUCUUGUCGGAAUGGAGGCCAUUAUGUCAGAGUUCUUUAACGAUACAACUACUGCCUUUUACAUCAUCCUCAUUGUUUGGUUAUCCGACCAAUAUGACGCCAUCUGCUGUCACACAAACACAAGCAAACGCUAUUGGCUGAGGUUCUUUUAUUUGUACCACUUUGCCUUCUACGCUUAUCACUACCGCUUUAAUGGUCAGUACAGCAGUCUAGCCCUGGUAACAUCCUGGCUCUUUAUUCAGCACUCCAUGAUCUACUUCUUUCAUCAUUAUGAACUUCCUGCUAUUCUGCAACAAAUCCGGAUCCAGGAGAUGCUGCUUCAGAACCAGCAGGGAGCUCAAAACAACCCCACACCACAGAGGGCCAGGGCCUCUGCUACAGCACAGCCAGAACCUGCUCCUGAUGCCCCCCAACACUCACCUGUGUCCUCCACCUCUGAGCCAGAGGUCCUGACAGAGCUGCAUCCUUCAGGCUUGGGCCUGACACCAUCUGGCUCAGUGUCUGGCUCUCCUGGCUCAGCAUGUAGUUUGUCUGUAUCAGGGCCAGCUGGCUCCACAUUGACUACUGCCUCCUCACAGGAAGUUACCCCCGCACUGCCGAAUACUUCCAUGCCAAACAUGCCCCUUCCAAUUGGACGAAUAGCCUACAGUGAUGAAGUGGUCGCACAUGAAAUUAACUGGGUGUCAGACGUCUUCAAUCAGGCUCUAUCUGUGCACCCUACUCUACGUAACCUAAGGAUCCCAGGGGUUUUACCAAGAGAUAACCUGACUCCAGAAACUGGACGGGUUGAUAUGGAAGGAGGAGCAGCACAAAAACAUCUACAACAACAUCCUCACCGAGCCACACGCUUGUCGGUCAGUCGGAGGAAGCAGAAGCAUCCUCUGGAGGAAGCUCCUCCCCUUUACAAACAGACUCUGCCAAAGUACAGACUGCAGGUACAGCCUCUACUGGCCCUUCAUGAGACCCAAGUGGCAUCACCCUACCCAUGA